AUGUUUCAUGGAACACAGCACAUCCCGAAGCAAAUAAUAGAAACAUAUGUUCUUUCAAAGAAACUUUCAGUUUUGGCAAAGCAAUGUGUUGAUGACGAAGCUAGUCCAGCCGUUCACAACCUGUUGGGGAAGCUUAAAGAUUCCACGCCCAGAAGCAAUCAUGUGUUUCUUUCUGAAGGAGUUCGUGGUGUUGGGAGAGAAGUAGCUGUGGAGCUUACUGCAUCACAAGCGUUAGCUGUGGAGAAUUUAUUAGGAACACCUGUGAGAAGACGGGGUGGGGUUAUGUUCACUAGAUUUGUCGCCAAGAAGAAAUUAUUUUCAAGUGUUGAUUAUGUGCGAUCCAAAAGACACAUAAACAGUAAUAUAACAAUUGAACACCAGCAAUAUACUUAUUGUACUAUUGCAG